AUGGAUGGAAAAAAUUGUUCUUCAUUGACUGAAUUCCACCUCUUGGGAAUUACUAAUAACCCUGAGAUCAAAGCAACCAUAUUUGCCACAUUUCUCGUCAUAUAUCUCAUUAUUCUUAUGGCAAAUCUUGGAAUGAUCAUUUUAAUUAAAAUGGACUCCCAGCUUCAAACUCCAGUGUACUUUUUCCUCAGCCACCUCUCCUUCUGUGACCUCUGUUAUUCCACAGCAAUUGGGUCCAAGAUGCUGGUGGACCUCUUAACAAAAGACAAAUCAAUUUCUUUCUAUGGCUGUGCUCUGCAAUUCUUCAUCUUCUGUGUCUUUGCAGAUUCUGAGUGUCUCCUGCUGGCAGUGAUGGCCUUUGAUAGGUACAAGGCCAUUAGCAACCCCUUGCUCUAUACAGUCAACAUGUCCAGCGGGGUGUGCUCCGUGCUCAUGGCUGGGGUUUACCUGGUGGGCAUGGUGGACGCUUUGAUACACACCACGCUAACUUUCCGCUUAUGUUUCUGUGGGUCAAAUGAAAUUAAUCAUUUCUUCUGUGAUUUACCUCCACUUUUCCUCCUUUCCUGUUCUGAUAUUCAGGUCAAUGAGUUGGCAUUAUUCACUGUUUUUGGCUUCAUUGAACUGAGUACCAUUUCAGGGGUUCUUGUCUCUUACUGUUACAUCAUCUUCUCAGUCUUAAAGAUCCACUCUGCUGAGGGAAGGUUCAAAGCUUUCUCCACCUGCACCUCUCACUUAACGGCUGUUGCGAUUUUCCAGGGAACUAUGCUCUUUAUGUAUUUCCAAACAAGUUCUGCCUACUCUCUAGAGCAAGACAAAGUGACCUCAUUUUUUAUACCCUUGUCAUCCCCAUGUUAA